GUCCCGUCUCUCCCGGUGUCCCGGGAUGGCGGAGGGCGGCCCGCGACGGCUGCGGCCGUGGCUGCUGGCUCAGCUGCAGAGCGGGCGCUUCCCGGGUUUGCAAUGGGACGACGCGGCCCCGGCGCUCAGGAUCCCCUGGGCCCACGGCGGGAGGAGCGGGGCCCGCGACGGGGCGGGGGCGGCGCUAUGCAAAGCGUGGGCGGAGUACAAGGGGCGGCUCCGGCCCGGGGACCCCCCCGACCGCGGGUGGAAGACGCGGCUGCGCUGCGCCCUGGCCCGGAGCCCUGAGUUCCGGCAGCUGCCGGGGCGGGGCCGCUCGGACGGGCCCUGCCCCUACCGCGUGUACCGGGUGCUGCCCGCCCGCGAGCCCAAGCCCCCCAGGGGCCGGCAGAGCCAGAAGGAGGCGGGGUUGAGCCCCACGGAGCCCCUCCCACCAACCCCGCCCCCCGAGAGCCAGGACGGGACCCCGGAUGAGGAAAAGCCCGCAGAGCCUCCGCCCCCGGAAGUGCUGCCCCUGCGGAUUGAGGUGGAGAGCGCAGAGCCCCUCCCCCUCGCGCACGGGGACGCGGCGCUGCUGCUGCGGCUGCGCCGAGGCCCCGCCCUGGUCUGGGAGGGGGCGGUGCCUCCUGGCGAGUACCUGCUGAGUCCUCCCAGCCGCCAGGGGGCGGAGCCGCCGCCGCUGCCGCGAUUGGUGCUUCCGGUGGGGCAGGCGGGGCUACUGCUCAGCAGCGCCCCCCGGGGGCUCUUCCUGCGCCUGCGCCCUGGCGACGGUCCCGCCCCCGGGGUCGUGAGGGGGCCCCACGUGCCCCACGGGCCCCUCCAGCAGGGGGCGCUGCUGCAGCCGUUCGACGCCCAACGAUUCCGGGAGGAGUUGGAGCGGCACCGGGCCGGGCUCGGGCCCCUCCUGCACCGCGUGACCCUGGAGCUCCGCCCCCAUGAGGAGGGGGAGGGGCUGCUGCUGGAG